AUGCGCUCUCAAAUGUCCGCCAUGAAUCAGGCGGUGGCUCGCAUCAUCAAUCUCAUGACGUCGCCAUCACGUCACCCUCAUACUCCUCCUCCUCAUCAUCAUUACCGUCCUGUGGAGGCUGGCGAGGAUGUCGACCGUGAUAGCAGCCUUGAUUGUGUGGCUGUCGGGUCAGCCAUCCAGGCCAUAUCGUCGAACAUCUGCGGGUUCUCGCGUCACAUUCACGAGUUGGCCGCCUCUAUGAGCGGGGAUGAAGUUGAGGACGGGAGCAAGUUGUUGGAAGCUGCUCGGAAACUUGUGGAUGCCUUCAACGCUCUCCUCUCCAACCUACAACCUCAUUGUGAUCAGUCGAAGCACGACAUGCUGAAUUUCGCCAGUCAAAUCGGGGAGACCAGUGAAAAACUCAUCUCAUUGAUCGAACGAAGUCACGUGGCUGCUGACGCUGCUGGCAUUGAUGAUUCUUACAAGAACACCUUGCUCAACCUCUCACAAGCUGUCGCCAUGGCCACAAACGUGCUGAUGAUGAAAGUAAAGGGUGUGGCUUGCGAGAGAACCAACCAAUCGGAGCAGAGAGAUAUAAUCAGCUGUGCCACAAACUGUGCCCACCGUACAUCACAGCUAGUUGCUUGUGCUAAGGAAUCUUGUGCGAUGAAUGACGUAACGAAACACGAGCUGGACGAAGCGGCCAAUCAGGUGAUGUUGUGCGUGCAACAGCUGAUCGACCACGUUACUACAUCGUCACUUCGUUGUCGUCAGCAUUAUACUAAUAAAGCGUUUGAUAAAGCGAACAAAGUAGCAGUGAUUGUUAGGACAACAGAUGAACUUUGCAUGAACAUCAACAACACGCAGGUGAUGAUUCAACAAGCAAGACUGCUCGCCAUGGCGACAUCACAGCUGGUUAAUGCUUUGAAAUUAGAAGCAGAGGAGGAGGAAAAGAUGAAGAGAAAGAACUCGGAGGAACAUCACAAGCUCCUCACUGCUGCCAAAGAGCUUGCUGAUGCUACCACCAAGAUGGUUGAAGCUGCCAAGAUUUCAUUGAGAAGAUUGACAACUCGAACGACACAAAUGAUGAACACGUGUGCUGGAAUAGGAAGAUAUAAUAGGGAUGUUCGUAUGCAGCAACAACUGCUCAACAUUUGCAAGAUGAUAUCCAGCAACAACAUACUGCAAGCAGUUCAGUCGCUAAGAACUUCGGUGGUCACCAUCAACAACAUCAGCAGCAGCUGCUGCAACAACGUAGAUGAAGUAGAAACGCAACAAGCAAUCUUAGCAGACCUGGUGAACACUUCCAAGUGCAUGCUUAAUCCCUGCGAACAGCUGCUGUCAGCUGCUUUAGCAACAGCUGCUACAAUUAUGGAGGAAUCAGCUGUUCAUCAUCUCAGCUGCUCGGCUGAUCAGCUGACUGAAGCUAUGCAACUUUUGAAAGAGGAUGUCGAGAAAUGUAGUUCGAUUCUUUCAUUGACCUCUGAUCCGAUGGACUUGUACCUUCAAACCAUCAACCAAGCCCAACAUGAACUUCGAACUUUCAAAUCAUGUUUGAGAGCAUUUGAGGUGGAAAAAGAUUGUGAUGGUGAGAAGGAGGAGAGAGAUAGUGAGGAAAUGAAGAGAGAAAGGCAGGUGUGGUUUAAUAAGUUGGGCACCUCAUCAAAAAAUGUGGGCUCAUGUAUGGCCAGGAUGCUAACUCAUGCUAUUCAGGGACGAACCUCAGAGACCCACCAGUCGACUGAUGAAUCAAUCUCCUCCCUAAUUUCACUAACUAAUUCCGUCAAAGGCAUCGUAGAAUGUUCCCCUCAUGACGUCACAUUACAGGAAGCAGUGAUGGACCUGGGCAGUGAUGUACUGGAAAAGUCAAAAAAUUUAAUUAUUGAAGCAAAGUUGGCUCUGAAGGAAUGUGCCGGGACGGAUCGACAAACGAAACUCGUUUCGGUGGCCAAAUCAUUGUCACAUGCUCUCAGUCAGCUGAUCAGCUGCGUGCCAGGCGUCAAACAAGUCGAUGACGUCAUCAGAUACAUCAGCAAUUAUAAUGUAACUAUACACCAGCAGGUCGAUAGAAUUGUAGUAAUUAAUAAUUACGAUCACACGAGUCUUCCAUUAAACCAAUAUUUAUUAAGUAAACCAGAAACCCGUAUUCAGCAGAGUCUGUAA